AUGAACAAAGCCAUUGCCCUCGCGGCCAUGAGCCUGUUCGCAGGCGCAAAUGCCGACCUCCAAACCUGCUCCACCACCUCAGGCUACAGCUGUGCUAGCUCAUCCACCACCCCAACCUGCUGCUUCAACUACCCCGGCGGUGCCCUCCUGCAGACCCAAUUCUGGGACACCAGCCCAUCAACCGGGCCCUCGAAUUCAUGGACCAUCCACGGCCUAUGGCCCGAUAACUGCGACGGGACUUACGAGUCAAGCUGCGAUUCAACCCGCGCUUACACCAACAUCACCGAUAUCUUGCAGUCGCAGGGUCGGGACGAUCUCAUCGACUACAUGGAUGAGUACUGGGUUGACAUUGACGGCGACAAUGAGUCGUUCUGGGCUCAUGAGUGGGGUAAGCAUGGUACUUGCAUCAACACCAUCGACCCGGACUGCUACGAGGGAUAUACGGCGCAGCAAGAAGUGGGCGAUUUCUUCGAGAAGGUGGUGGACCUGUUUAAGGGGUUGGAUACUUACAAGGCCCUGGCUGCUGCUGGCAUUACCCCGAGCACUUCCAAGACUUAUACUCUGAGUGCGAUUCAGGCUGCGCUCACUAAGAUGCAUGGCGCGUCGGUGUACCUGGGCUGUUCGAGUGGGAAGUUGAACCAGGUUUGGUACUUCUAUAAUGUCCAGGGCAAUGUUAUCGAUGGUUCUUACAAGGCCGUUAAGACGCUGACCAACUCUGGCUGCCCCAGCACUGGAAUCAAGUACGUGCCUAAAUAG